AUGUCCGGCCCGUCAUCCCCUUCCGGAUGUCUUCGACCGCAAGCUGCUCCUGCGACCUCGUGGCCACCUCCAGUCGCAUUCUUCGCGCUCGCGCGCCGUCGAACAAAAGGCGGCGGCGCACGGCAGGCCAUGGAGAGCGUCGCACAAAUGCUUGACACGCCUGAGAUGCCAUUCGCCGUGGCGCCGGGGCCGUUCUGGACAUCUUCGACCGUGAACGACUCCAGCGUCCUCGUGCAUGUCUCCGCUCGCCCUCUUCGCGUUCCCACGCCGUCGAACGGACAGCGACGACGUACGAUGGGCCAUAAUCCUCCGCGCGUUCCGCGCCGUGGUCCCUUGCGAUCAAUGUGGGAGGGCCUCGCAAUAUGCUCGACAUGA